GUAAAAUUCAUAGAGAAAGAGAAGAAGAGAUUUGGCGUGUAGUUUUCCCACCAGUACCUAGCAACAAUGGCAUCUCAGAACUAUCCACCGCCUAGCAACAGUCGCUCAAAAACUGUAGAUAGCGGAAUGGCAGUCAGCAAAGACGGUCACUCAGUAACAAAGAGACUGAGACAAGACCUCACUACACUGAUGCUAUCAGGAGACAAGUCAAUAUCAGCAUUCCCAGAUAAUGAUAAUUUAUUCAAUUGGAUAGCUACCAUCACAGGAGGGACUGGUACUAUUUACGAGUCUCAGUCUUACAAACUGACCAUGUCCUUUCCUGGGCGUUACCCUUACAAUCCUCCUGUUGUCAAGUUCCUCACUCCAAUAUUUCAUCCCAACGUUGAUGAAUUUGGUAACAUAUGUCUUGAUAUACUCAAAGAAAAAUGGUCGGCUUUAUUUGAUGUAAGAACAAUUUUAUUAUCAAUACAAAGUUUACUAGGAGAACCAAACAUCGAGAGCCCGUUAAAUAGUGAAGCUGCUGAUUUAUGGGAAAGACCUGAAGAAUAUAAGAGGAUUCUACAAGUAAAGUAUAGAGAAGCAUCAAAAGCAACAUAACCCAAUUGCAAAUUAAUAUUUAUUUAUGUUAUUAUUAUUAUUACUCGUCUUAUUGCAAACUGUUUUUCUCUCCUUCUGUCUCUCAUCAUAAUUCUUGUUUACAAUGUCAUUGUGUUUGUUACAGUUAUACUACCAA